AUGCCGUGUGUGAGCUUCCUGUUGGUGGGGACUUGCUUGCUGGUCCUCGGCCCGGCUGUUUGGGGCGCCCCCAGCCAGUGCCCGGCUCAGUGUCACUGCCAUGGGGACCUGCAGCAUGUCAUCUGUGACAACGUGGGGCUGAAGAAGAUCCCGCAGGUGUCCGAGGCCACCCGUCUGCUCAACCUGCAAAGGAACAACCUGGGCAGCCUGCCCACCGGCUCCUUCGCCAGCAGCAAGGGUCUCAUCUCGUUGCACAUGCAGCACUGCCAGCUCAAGGAGAUUGGUGGCCAGGCCUUCAAGGGACUCAAGAAGCUAAUCUACCUCUACCUGUCCAACAACGAGAUCACCAGCAUCAAGCCAGGUGCCUUCGAGGACCUCACCGAGCUCACUUACCUCUACCUGGAUGGCAACCGCAUCAGCGACCUGCCUAAGGGAAUCUUCUCACCCAUGAUCAACCUGUUCAUCCUGCAGCUCAACGACAACAAGCUGCGUGACAUCAAGCCAGGCACCUUCGCCGGAGCCAAAGACCUGCGCUGGCUGCACAUGAGUGGCAAUGAGAUGAACUCGCUGCAGCCGGGCUCUCUGGACGACGUGGAGAAUCUGGCCAUCCUGCACCUGGACAGGAACAGGCUGUCCACCUAUCCUGGCCUGGCCAUGAGCAAGCUGAGAGUGGUGGAGGAACUGAGCCUGGCCAAGAACCCCCUGAGGAGCAUCCCCGACAACGCCUUCCAGAGCUUCGGACGCUACAUGGAGAAGCUGCACUUGGAUGGCAUGGGGCUGGAAAAGUUCUCUGACGCUGCAUUCAACGGAGUGACGGCCAUCAAGUCUCUGCACCUGGACAACAACAAGCUCAAGUCCCUCCCCAACAGCCUGGAGUUCACCACUAUCACCAACCUCACGCUCUCCAACAACCCCUGGAGCUGCACCUGCACGCUUGCCCCUCUGCGCAAGUGGAUGGACUCUAGCCGCCAGCGCCCUGAUGCGCUCUGUGUCUCUCCGUCCUCACAGAGAGGAAAGCAGAUCAGAGACAGCUCUGCCUUCAGCAGCUGCAAAGUCAAGACAAAGAGAGCCAAGAAGGGCACGCGUCAUUAA